AACAUUAUCUAAAGUCCACAACAGAUUACAAAACCCGUUCUUGGCCUUCCCAAAAGCAUACACCACGGUCAUUAUUGAUACUUUCUUGAAUAGAGUAAAUUUAGUAGUGUAUCACACUAAAAACUAGUAAGUAGGUUAUAAUUAUCACGCGCGCAGAUUUUGAAAGUUUACUGUUUACAAUCGCAGUAUGGGUGAUGCAACGAAUGGCACGGACUCGUACUUUUUAAGUUACGAGGACCUGGAGGUGCACAAAUUAAUGAUACAGGACUCGGCCAGAACCGAAGCUUACCGAAAAGCUAUACUUUCCAAUAGACAGGUGUUUGAAGGUAAAACCGUUUUGGACGUGGGAGCGGGAACCGGCCUAUUGUCCAUAUUCUGCGCCCAGGCCGGCGCCUCUAAAGUCUAUGCGGUCGAAGCAAGCAACACCUCUGAAUUGGCCAGAAAAGUCAUUGAAGAAAAUCACUUUUCCGACAUCAUCGAUGUCGUCAACAGCAAAGUGGAAAAUCUGACACUACCCUAUCAAGUGAACGUUAUCGUUUCUGAAUGGAUGGGUUUCUAUUUACUACAUGAGAGCAUGCUGGACAGUGUUCUGUAUGCUCGAGAUACUUUCCUCAGACCAGACGGGUGUAUGUUUCCUUCACAUUGCGCUUUGUAUGCAUCACCUUGUUCUCUGCCGCAAAUGUAUUCAGAUUUCGACGAAGUCAGUGGAGUAAAGCUGAGAAAGUUUGCCGAAGCUCUGCGCAAGUCGUACCUAAACCGGCCAAAAGUCAUGACAAUAUCGUCUGAAAAUAUACUCGCUACAUCAGCAAAACCAAUUUUUAUGUUGGAUCUUCUUCAGUGCCAAGUGGACACUCUUAAUGAAAUUGUCGCCGAAAAAUGUCUAUCGGUAGUAGACAAAACGGGCAUUUACCAAGGUGUAUGUUUUUGGUUUGACGUUAAGUUCCCGACUGACGAUUGCACCUUAAGUACUGCACCAACGUGUCCAGAAACACAUUGGAAACAAACAAUCAUUGUGCUACCUGCACAAAUGGACGUAGAAGAAGGAGACGCCGUAAUGUUUAACGUAAAGUUGACACGUAAUGACUCAAAUAAAAGGUACUAUAACAUCAGUUUAGAUAUGUUGGACGCAGAACACGAAACACACCCGACUCCAUGCAGUUGUAACUAUACUAAAUGUAAAAUAAUUAAAACUUUCUUAUCUGUUACGGAAAAUAUAUCUGACGAUGAUGAUGAAGAAGAUGAUGAGGAAGACGAAUGCAUAAUUGUCGAAGAAAAAACUCCAGAAGAAGAAACAUAGAAGUUAUACUAAUAUUAAGCAAUGAAAGACUAUUAAUAUUUAAUAUUUCAUUAUUUAUGAACACUGUUUUGUAAUUUUUUCAUAAAUUACCAUUUUCUUACAUAUAUAUAUAUUAUUAGUACCUAAAAGUAAUUAAAAAAAAAAAAAAAAAAUUGAAAUUACAAAAAUUUACAUUAUUAAUUAGAUUUAAAUUUUAUUUUAUAUAUUUAUCCAUGAAUUUUCUAUGAAAAUCUGAGCGAAU